AUGAAACGUGAUGAAGUUGGUCGAUGUGAAUAUGAAAAUAUGAAGAACAAAUUAGCGGCAAGUCGAGGUGGUUAUACGCUUGCACCGACCAGUGCACCGAAACUUGAAGUUACGAUCAAUCAGAAUUGUGCCGAUAAUUUAUCGACCUACUCGGAUCUCAAAGCACCCAUUCGACCGCCGACCAGUCCUCCCCCACCACCGCCGAUCAGCUGCUCUGAGUAUGCGCAGCCAACGGCACCAAUGUAUAACCCAUCAUGGAUUGAUAAGUUUCCAAGACGUGAAAAUAAAGGAAUGUUUCGAGUUGCGCUUGUUGAGGCAUUACUAGCUGUAGUGAUUCUCGCUGGUGGUAUCUGGUGUUACUGCGACACACCCGCAUAUUGUCCUUACUAUUCGGCAAUAUGGACGUCUUCUGUCUACCUUCUCAACGCCAUUGUCGGUAGUAUAGCGGCUAAAUACGGCUCAAUUAAUCUUUACAUGGCACAUUUAGUGCUUUCGCUGAUUUCGAUUAUGGUGUGUGCUGUAAGUGGAUUAUUAUCAGCCAGAAACUGGACGUUAAUCGGUACAUAUCAGCAUCCAAAAAUCAAUCGAAAUCAAGCGUUUUGCUUACUAGGUGAACAUGAUGCACCACGUCUUAGUUAUAUAUUCAGUCAAAUGGAUCAGUAUGAUUUCAAGGCAUGUCUGUUCGAAUUAAAAAUAAUCGCAAUGAGUAGUAGUGAAGGGCGAUUCGGUGUGAGGACUCGUUGA